UCCAUUUGACCGGUAGAUCUGAAUAGUAGUAGCCGUUACUGUUGUUUAGACUUUUUUGUGAUAUUUUUUAUAAAUUUGACAAAACAAAAUGUCUGGACCUGGAAAAGGUGGAAAGAACAAAGCAGCAAAAUAUAAAACCCGUUCAAAUCGUGCAGGACUCCAAUUUCCUGUAGGAAGAACACAUAGAUUCUUACGUAAAGGAAACUAUGCUGAACGUAUUGGGUCAGGAGCUCCUGUGUAUGUUGCAGCUGUAUUGGAAUAUCUAGUAGCCGAAGUGUUGGAGUUAUCUGGUAAUGCAGCUAAAGACAAUAAAAAAUCCAGAAUAAUACCUAGGCAUAUUCAACUAGCCAUAAGAAAUGACGAGGAGUUGAAUAGACUUCUAUCUGGUGUUACAAUAGCCCAGGGUGGUGUACUGCCAAAUAUACAAGCUGUUCUACUGCCAAAGAAAACCGGAACUAAAAGUGCAGCUACAGAAGGAAAAUAGACAAAGGGUGAAUCUCAGGACUAUUGAUAUGUAUUUUUAUCGUAAGAAUGUUUUUAUACCUAUUUUAAUCAAAUAUUUUUAUCUUGUAUCACUUGUAUAAUGAUAGUUUCAUUAUUGUAUGUUUUCAAAUAAAGUUUUUACUUGAA